AGUACUCUGGCGGGCGACACAGGCGAUGUUCUGCCGGACGCGGAAAUGAGGUUAGGUGGCGUGUUGUUUUCUUGCUGGGGAUUACAUAAUUUCGUAAAAAGAUGAUGAUUUCCAGAGGGGUUAGAAGCGGUGUGUCAGUAGCGAAGUAUGCCCGGAGAAUGGCCACGAAUCCUGACAAUUCGCCCACUGUUGUCCUGCAGGAAGUUGGCAAUGCCGGAAUAAUCACUCUGGAUCGUCAGAAGGCUCUCAAUGCCAUCAAUCUGGAUAUGGUCAGACAAAUUUAUCCAGCCCUCAAGAAGUUUGACGAGACCAAGAGCUUGAUCAUCAUCAAGGGAGCGGGAGAGAAGGCCUUCUGCGCCGGAGGGGACGUGCAUGCCAUAGCGUUCGGUGACUUCGAGAAAGCCAAGGCCUUCUUCCACCAAGAGUACACCGUUAAUGCGACAAUCCAGGCUCUCCGAAAGCCAUACGUGGCACUCAUUGACGGGAUCACAAUGGGAGGUGGCGUGGGGCUUUCAGUCCACGGACGAUACCGCGUGGCCACCGAAAAGACCCUCUUCGCCAUGCCCGAGACAGCUAUCGGCCUCUUCCCUGACGUCGGCGGCGGUUACUUCCUUCCCCGCCUUCGCGGGAAACUCGGUAUGUUCCUGGGCCUCACAGGAGUGCGUCUGAAGGGUCGUGACGUGGAGAAGAGUGGCGUGGCGACGCACUUCUGUGACAGCAAGAAGAUCCCAGAACUCGAGGCUGAACUCUGCAAGUGCUCCUCGGAUCAGGAAGUCUCUCAAACUCUAGCCAAAUUCUGUCCCAAGGACUCUACGGAGUUCGUCCUGGAGAAGUACAUGUCGCAGAUCAAUGAGUGCUUCAGCGGCGCGACGGUUGAGGAGAUUCUGCAGCGCUUGAGGAAGGAUAAUUCCGAGUGGGCGCAGGGAAUACUCAAGACUCUGGCCAAAAUGUCCCCAACGAGCAUGAAAGUGAGCAAGAAGCAGAUCGAUUUGGGUGCCAAAUUGACCCUUCCCGAGUGUCUGCUGAUGGAGUAUCGGCUGGCAGUGCGUCAUGCCCAAGACAGUGACCUCAAAGAAGGUGUUCGAGCGCUGCUCGUGGACAGAGACAAUCAGCCCAAGUGGAAUCCAGCCACGCUGGAAGCUGUGACGGAUGAACACGUGGAUGCCUUCUUCAAGCCACUGGAAGAAGAGUUGAAAUUGUAAUGAAACUGAUGCUGGGUCACCCAAUUUGAUUCAAUUAGCGAGCCCAGAGGACAUCCUGAGUGCGAAGCUGUGAGGCUGAGGAAACGAACCAGGAGCCGAAAGUGCAUUUAUUUUACACAAUUGUUGAAUAAAAAAAAACUUGUUGAUUUCAU